AUGUCCGUCUUUUCAUCUGCCCCUCGAAUCCCUCCCGAUGCCAUCUUCGCCUUGACGGCCGAGUAUGUGGCAGAUUCAUUCCCUCAAAAGGUGAAUCUGGGCCAAGGUGCAUAUCGCGACAACCACGCUCAGCCAUGGAUUCUUCCUUCUGUCGAAAAGGCUCGUGAGAUUGUCCAUCAAGGCCUCCAACAUGAAUAUCUCCCAAUCCUGGGUCUGGCUUCGUUUCGUGAACGAGCUGCCGAAUUAGCUCUAGGAAAAGAGGCGUAUUCAAAGAAGCAGAAACAGAAAGACGCUCAUUUACAGCUCGCAACCUGCCACUCCAUCUCCGGCACAGGAGCCCUCCAUCUCGCUGCUCGAAUCCUCAGAUCCUGCCUGUCUCCGUUGCCCAAAGUCUACAUCCCCGAACCAACCUGGUCCAACCAUAAUCUGGUCUUCUCGACGCUGGGCUUUGAAUGCCACACCUUCCAGUACUACGACUCCAAAACAAAAUCCCUCGAUAUCGAGUCGUAUCGUUCCAUGCUCAACACCGUCGAGUCCGGGUCGAUCAUCAUCCUCCACGCGUGUGCCCACAAUCCGACCGGAUUAGAUCCUAGUCCUGAACAAUGGAUGGAGAUUGGGAAAAUAAUGAAAGAGAGGGGGUUGUUUCCUGUCUUCGAUUCGGCAUAUUUGGGCUUCAACUCUGGCGAUGUCGACAAGGAUGCGUUUGCGAUUCGAUACUUUAUCGAUGAGCUAGAGAUGGAGGCGGCGGUUUGUCUGUCGUUUGCGAAGAACAUGGGCUUAUACGGCGAACGAGUUGGCUGUCUGGUCCUGGCUACGUCGACUGAAGAAGUGGCCCUCAACAGCCAGUCUCUUCUGGAAUCUCAUCAACGAUCUGAGAUAUCCAAUCCUCCUGCUUAUGGAGCCAAGAUUGCAUCGGCUAUCCUGAGUGAUGAUGGGCUGCGGAAUAUGUGGUUUGAGGAUCUCAGGACGAUGAGUGGACGUAUCCAGUCGAUGAGGGAAACGUUAUAUCAAGGAUUGAUUCGCAACUCGGCUCCUGGAAAUUGGGAUCAUCUUCUCAGACAGUCUGGAAUGUUUGGGUUUCUUGGAUUAUCUCCAGCCGUGGUGAAGGAGUUGAAAGACAAAUAUCACAUUUACAUGGCAGCAAAUUCGAGGAUAUCGAUUGCAGGAUUAAACCCAGACAAUGUCGAAUAUGUCGCAGAAUCGAUGGCACGAGUGUUGAAGGAGUGA